UGCCGAGCCAAAAAUCCCGACGUUUGUUGUCAUUAUGCUCUACAUGUACUUUCAGAUGAAGCUUUAAUACACAAUAAAACUAACGGGGGCUGGCUCGAAUGUAAUAAAAAUAAAUGACUGAACCGGUUUGUUUUAUUCACAGUAAAAGCCAGUUCUACUAAUUCUAGCAGACCAAAGGUGACCCAUAUGGACCCCACGUCCAAAUCUGGGUUGAAUCAGGUGUCAGAUGUGGUGUUUGUCAUAGAAGGAACUGCAAACCUUGGUCCAUAUUUUGAAUCACUUAGGAAUAAUUACAUACUGCCUACUAUAGAGUAUUUUAAUGGAGGACCACCUGCUGAAACUGAUUUUGGAGGAGAUUAUGGUGGCACUCAGUAUGGACUGGUGGUCUUCAACACAGUGGAUUGUGCUCCAGAGUCAUAUGUCCAGUGCCACGCUCCAACCAGCUCUGCCUUCGAGUUUGUGUCAUGGAUUGAUAGCAUUCAAUUCAUGGGAGGUGGAGCAGAGAGUUGCAGUCUAAUAGCUGAGGGUCUUUCCGUGGCCCUGCAGCUCUUUGACGACUUCAAAAAGAUGAGGGAGCAAAUUGGUCAGACCCACAAGGUUUGUGUACUGCUCUGUAAUUCUCCUCCAUACUUGCUGCCAGCUGUGGAGAGUGUCAGCUAUACAGGUUGCACCGCAGACAGUCUGGUCCAGAUCAUCCGUGAUCGGGGGAUUCAUUUUUCUGUAAUUGCCCCACGGAAACUUCCGGCACUUCGAUCUCUUUUUGAAAGAGCGUCAUCAGUAGCAGGUCCACCAGAGUCUUCACACCCAGACUACAGUCAAGACCCCUUUCACAUGGUAUUAGUCAGGGGUAUCGCACUUCCUGUUGCUCCUGGAGGAGGUUCUGUUCCCGUCUCUCUCAAACCUGUCCUGCCACCUCAGUCUCUGCCGGUGAACCAGACUCCUCUGGUCCCUGUAGCUUCGACAGCUCCUCAAAUGAACACAUUCCAGAGUGUCUCUCUACACGCGGCACAUGAUGCAGCACAGAAGGCACUAGAAGAAGCUGCCAAUCAGCAACAGAAGAAUAGAUUUGGUCAAAUGUCGACUCCUCCCUUCAGCCAAUCGCCGGUUCUCCCACCAGGAGGUAAACCCAGCCUGUCUACAGUUACCACAGUGUCACCGCCAGUGUUGACGCAGCAGCAGGUUCCGCCUCAGCAGCCACAGCAGCAAACACAAGUCCCACAACCAGGCCUGCCUGCAGUAAACCAACAGCCUCCUCAAGCUUCUCAGCAGCAGCCCAACAAUCAGCAGACGCCACCGCCAACACAGCCUGGCAUGGCUGCUGUACCUGCACCGCCGCCUGGGGCACAGCAAGGUGUUGCCAACAAGGUUGUGGCAUGGAGCGGAGUUCUAGAAUGGCAGGAGAAGCCCAAGGCCUCCUCCAUGGACUCCAACACAAAACUUACACGCUCCCUGCCCUGCCAGGUCCAAGUCAGCCAAGGAGAGAAUCUAAACACAGACCAGUGGCCACAGAAGCUGAUCAUGCAGCUCAUCCCUCAACAGCUCCUGACCACUCUGGGCCCUCUGUUCAGGAACUCUCGUAUGGUGCAGUUUCUGUUCACUAACAAAGAUAUGGAGUCUUUAAAAGGACUGUAUCGUAUUAUGACCAGUGGAUUUGCUGGAUGUGUGCACUUCCCCCACAGUGCUCCGUGUGAGGUGCGUGUGCUGAUGCUGCUGUACUCAUCUAGGAAGAGGAUCUUCAUGGGACUCAUUCCUAAUGACCAGAGCGGAUUCGUCAACGGCAUUCGGCAGGUCAUCACUAACCAUAAACAAGUGCAACAGCAACGCUCGAUGCAACCUGGACAGGUGCAGCCCAAUCAGAACUUCCUCAACAGACCGCCAGGCCCUAUUCCUGUUACACAUGGCAAUGUGCCACAGCAGUCUGUGGUGGUGGGCUUGCCCUCCGUCAGUCAGGUCACACUGAUGGAGGACCAGCAGAGGCAAAACAACAUGCUGAGAGCAGCCGCAACAGGCAAUCAGCAAGCACCGGUCACCGGUGCUCCACCCAAUCAGGUCCAAGGUCAAGCUCAGGCUCCUGGUGGAGGCAUGCUCCGCCUUCCGAACCCAGGCGCAAAUCCCCAGCUCCGCAGUCUGCUCCUCAGCCAGCAACCUCAGGGCGGGAUGCAGGGCAUGCAGGGGAUGCAUCCCAUCCAGCAGAUGGUCCACGCAGCACCAGGAGGGGGCGCUCAGAUGCAGCCUCAGUGGAGACAGCCUCACCAGGGUCCACUAAUGGUUCCUACGGGUCCACGGGGUCCAGUCUCACAGAAUCCCGGGAUGCCGUCGGUGUCGAGCGUCAUGGAGGAUGAAAUUCUUAUGGAUCUCAUCUAAGGACUGUUUUCCCCAUCAUUCUUUGCUUCUGAGGUUUAAUAACGGAAUAUGAAAGUCAUCAUCUUUUUUAUUUUUUGUUAGAAGAAUGCUUGUAGGGGAAGAAUGGAGGAAUUUAUAACGAGAUCACGACUUUAUUUUCAUACUCAAGUAUUCGUUGAUGCUUUUACACACAAACUUAUCACCGUAUCAUGUAAGCGGUUCAUAUGUAGGAACUGGAGGGAAAGGCGUUUACAAAAAUUAGGUUCCAAUUUGAAGACUCUUCUACUCCUCUCGUCCAGAGAUGAAUCAAUCAAAUCCGGUUACUAUUGUAUUUUUAUGAACGUUUUACUUUCUCUCGGUUUUACUUUUUCUUAAUUUGUCUUUUUGAAAUCUAGCAUGUUGUUUUAUGAAAAUUAAAUAAAGUUAAUUUUCUCACGCA